GGGUGGCACGCGGGGCACUCACAAACAGGGCGUUCAGCCCCCCCAGGACACUCCUCAAAGAGGUGCUGCCCUGUCCCCACCACUGUCACCGUCCCCGCGGGGUGUGGUGAGACCCCCAUUGCUCCCCAAGGGCACACAGGUGGUCCCGGCAGGGGAGCCCACUCCCCCCACAGGGUUUGGAGCACGGCCGGGUUGGAUCGGGGCUGGUCUCAGGGCUCCCUUCGCACUGUUGGGAGGAAUGGAGAUUAUGCUACAGAGUGGGAAUGCUGCAGGAAUCAGCAGAGCCCUGAGCACCGGUUACUGCCGCCUGUGCCACGGCAAGUUCUCCUCGCGGAGCCUGCGCAAUGCCUUCGGGAAGGUGCCCGUGCUGGGGGAGAACUCGGAGAAGCAGCGGCGGGUGGACCAGGUGUUCUUCGCCGACUUCCAGCGGCUGGUGGGCGUGGCGGUGCGGCAGGACCCCGCGCUGCCACAGUUCGUCUGCAAGAAAUGCCAUGCCCAGUUCUACAAGUGCCGCAGCGUCCUCCGCACCUUCAUCCAGAGGGUGAAUGCCUCGCCCACGGGCCACGCCAAGUCCAAAGGAAAGAGCAGUGGGGUCCAGGCGCAGCCGGGUAUGGAUGGAGGUGCCUCCUGCCUGGUUGACCUGAUCACGUCCAGCCCUCAGUGCCUGCACAGCCUGGUGACGUGGACGCACGCGCACGCCGGGAGCUGCGCCUCGGUGCCGGGGCUGCGCAGCGUGCUCUCCUCCGAGUACUGCGGCAUCAUCCGCGCCGUCUGGGGCUGCGGGGACGGCCACGACUACGUCAUGGACACGGACUCGGACUGCAGCUCUGUGCUGCUCGACAACGCCUUGUCCGUCAAACGGGAGUGGAGCAAGGGCACGGCACAGCAGCGCUUGACUGACAACGGGGCCGGGGCGGACAAUGCUGAGGCUGUUCCUGCUCCCAAAGCCCAGCAUGCUCCAGUAAGGACAGCUCCUUGCCAGCAGCCUGCCAGCAGAGGGACCACGGCGGUGCCACUGAACGUGGAGAACGAGCCUCCACAGGACAAGGAUGCGUCUCCCUCGCAGCUGGACGGCGCGGUCUCCGUCCGGGAACAGGCCCUGCCACAGCCCGUCUCACCGCUGAGUACUGCCACAGGACAGUUGAGUGGGAAGCAGGUUCUGUCUGCAACGUCGGAUGAGCGGGUAAAAGACGAGUUCAGUGACCUUUCUGAGGGGGACUUCUUGAGUGACGAUGAAAGUGAGAAGAGAAACGUGCAAUCUUCAGAUGACUCCUUUGAGCCUUACCCCGAGAAGAAGGUUUCUGGCAAGAAAAGUGACAGUAAAGAAGCAAAGAAGGCGGAAGAGCCCAAAAUAAGGAAGAAGCCAGGCCCUAAGCCAGGCUGGAAAAAAAAGAUCAAGUGUGAACGGGAGGAGCUGCCCACCAUCUACAAGUGUCCUUACCAGGGCUGCACUGCUGUCUACAGAGGGGCUGAUGGCAUGAAGAAACACAUCAAAGAGCACCACGAGGAGGUGCGGGAGAGACCCUGCCCUCACCCUGGUUGCAACAAGGUGUUCAUGAUCGACCGGUACCUACAGAGGCAUGUCAAGCUCAUCCACACAGAGGUACGGAACUAUAUCUGUGAUGAGUGUGGGCAGACCUUCAAGCAACGCAAACACCUCUCGGUCCAUCAGAUGCGGCACUCGGGAGCAAAGCCCCUGCAGUGUGAGAUCUGUGGGUUCCAGUGCCGCCAGCGCGCGUCCCUCAAGUACCACAUGACCAAACACAAAGCUGAGGCCGAGCUGGAGUUCGCCUGUGACCAGUGUGGGAAACGCUUUGAGAAGGCCCAUAACCUCAACGUCCACAUGUCCAUGGUGCACCCUCUGACCCAGACUCAGGACAAAGCCAAGCCGCUGGAGCCAGAGCCCAUCCUCCUCCUCACUACUUCAGGGACUGCAGAAGGCCAGGCAGUGAAGCCAGAAGUGACUGCAGAGCCUGAGCCCACCUGAGGGGACGGGGAUGAGGUCCCAGCCCAGCCCCGUAGAAGCCGUACGGCAGUGGAGAUUUUUAAUCUACAUUUUAGUCUCCCAAAGAACUCUGUGGAAUUAGCUUCAGCUUGCUCAGAAAAGGCUUGUUCUCAUGCAGUGAUUUCCAUGCUCACGUCUGAUUCAGCAGUGUUGUACUAAGAGUGUCUAAUCCCAGGGGAAGGGACGUUGGUAGCAUCCCUUCGUGUCCCCAGCCCCACGCACACGUUGUAGAAACCAAGUUGGCCACAACUGUUCCCUGCCUGCACAGAGGUGCCCCCCGGGGCUCAAGGGGGACAGAGGACAGUGGGACAACUUUAAGGAGACAUUUUGGAAAAGAAGAAAAAAGAAAAGGAAAAAAAAAAAACCCAACAGAAUUACGAGUCCCAAAGCAAGUCCAAACUGAAAAUUUGUAACCUACUUUUUAUUGUAACAAGAGCUUCAUGGUUAUGCUUGUAAUAAAUUAUUUACGAAGUAAUUUGAAAAAAUA